AUGCAGCUGCCCCGCGCUGCAGACAUCUCUGUCUGCUUCUCCUGUGCUGAGGGCUGGGAUGGCUACCCGUUGACGCAGCCACUAAAGGGAGGCAUCGGCUUUCGUUGCUUCUGCUGUGACAAGUACUGCUAUGGCGUGCGCUAUCAGCUUGCAGAGGACUCUGGCCCUUCUGAAGGUGGAUUUUCGCGGCAAGCAUCCCAGCUUGCGGAAGCCGAGACUCAAACCUGCUCCACCAGGGCUACAACAUGGGUUCCGGAAGAGGUCAGACCCGAAGACACCUCCGGCAUCCCAUGCUUGGGGGCGUGGUUGGCUGUGCUGCAGCUGGACAGCUUCCUCGACAAGGCCAAAGACUGGUGCGAGGAGAUGGGGGCUGCAGAGCUGGAUGAGAUCCGGGAGAACUGGGAGGACUUCGCCUCCUACCUGGACCUCUCGGAGGAGGAGCGGCAGCGUUUGGCUGAAGCAUGUGCGCCCCAGCCAGAAACGCCUCUGUCGCCCUUGCCGGCCACGAAGAGCAGAGAGUUUUUCGGCCCGGAUGAUGCUCCCUACACUGUCCUUGAGAAGCUUGGCCAGGGUGCUACAGCCACCGUCUAUCGCUGCAAGCGCGGGCAGGAGGAGUAUGCUGUCAAGGUCAUUGACUUGCAUCGCUUCUGCCUGCAUCCGGAGUUCCAGAAGUUCCGCCAGCACAUUCGACGUGAGAUGUCCCUUCUGCUGAUGCUGCAACACAGGAACAUCGUGAAACUCAUCGAUGUCUUCGAGUCCAAGGACACCUUCUUCCUGGUGAUGGAGCUCGUUCGGGGAGGUGACUUGAGUGAGUAUCUGCUGAAGAAAUCCCAUGGGCACCUCGAUGACAAGGAGGCCUGCCAUGUCUUCUUGCAGAUUGUGGAGGGGUUGAGCCACAUCCACUCCAAGAACGUCGUUCAUCGGGACCUGAAGCCCCAGAACAUCCUCCUCGUCGACCCUGUGCCGGCAGCCUCAUCCAACUUGAAGGGGACGGUCUCACAGGUGGAGGUCAAACUGUCGGACUUUGGCCACUCCAAGCUCGUGCGGGAUGGCUACACCUACGCGCGAUCGCAUGUGGGUACGCCGCAGUACUUGGCACCAGAGGUCCUGGCGCCCAAUUCAGUCACUCCAGUAUGCUCGAGCAAUGGGAGCUACGAUGAGCGAGCGGAUGUUUGGAGCUUGGGCGUGAUACUCUUCGUCAUGCUGACCGGCCAUUACCCAUUCCGAAGCUCAGAGGAUCCCCUCUUCUGGGAAGGUCGCUUUUCCUUCCGCGGCAGUGGCCGCGCAGAGGAGCUCCUACGAGGUUUGAUCAAAAAGAGGCCGGAGGAGAGGCUCUCCUUGGAGCAGUGCCUGAAGAGUGCCUGGGUCCUGGACAACAGCCGCAAGGCCCCUCCGUCGCCGCAGCGGCCGAUCACGAAGAGCCUGCAAGAGCUGCGCAUUCGGCUUCCGCAGCCACCCAAGAACGUCUCGAAGUUCAAGACCGAGUUGGACAGCUUCUCACUGAAGCACAAGGUUUCAGCAUCUCUUCAAAUUCUGGAGGUUGUUGUGGCCUUCUGUGCCGAAGAGCCGGACAGCCCCCUGGAUGCUGUCUGGUCCGAGCUCUGGGAUCUGCUGCGACAAAGCUGCCCGGAGCUGAAGUGGUCGCGGUCGCUUUUCCCGGAGUGCAAGUCGUGGUCCCUCGAUGGCCCAGCCGAUCCCAUGCUGGAGGAGGAGCAGGAAGCCCUUGAGGCCAUCUACGCUGCAGACUUUGAGGUGCUCAACAGCUGCUCCUGGUCAAUCCAUGUUGGCUGUGGCACGGCGCUGCGCGUGGAGCUGCCUGCAGGGUAUCCUGCGUCGCGCCCACCCUGCGUCUGGGUGGAGUGUCCGCAUGGAACAGCACCUCCCGACAUCCAAGCCAGCUUGGAAGCCUGCUGGACCGGAUCCGAGUGUGUCUACGACAUGGCCGAGUGCCUGCGAGCGGCGGUGCACGCCGCGGAGACCGGGGAGAAACCAGGCCUUCAAAGCGUGAGCAAAGCGGCAGACCCAGAUGUGGCUCCAGUGCAAGCUCAAUCGAAGCUCUCCAUUGUGCACGGUGAGAUCUUGAUCGACAGGAAGUCGUCGUUCCAGGCCCACAUGGCUCACGUGUCGAGCAUCCAGGAGGUCGAGUCUGUGAGAGAUGCCCUGCUGCAAGAUCGCAAAAUCAUGGCGGCUACGCACAACGUGGCAGCCUGGCGAUUUCGGUACACAGAUCCCGCGAUAUGGGAGGAUUCCACUGACGACGGUGAAGCGGGAGCCGGGAGACGCUUGCUGGCAGUGCUCAAGAAGCGCGGGGAUAAAGACAUCGUCGUCAUCGUCACUCGCUGGAGAGGCAUCAUUCACUUGGGUGUGGACCGGUUCAGGAACUACUGCAAGGCAGCGGUGCAGCUGCUGGAGAACGAGGAUGGAGGACGCCAGGGGAGCAAGAAGAGAGGACAGUGA